AUGGACGCUCUUUCUUUUGAAUUAAAAUAAGAAGAUUAAUUAAAAUAAGAAGAUUAAUUAAAAUAAGAAGAUUAAUUAAAAUAAGAAGAUUAAUUAAAAUAAGAAGAUUAAUUAAAAUAAGAAGAUUAAUUAAAAUAAGAAGAUUAAUUAAAAUAAGAAGAUUAAUUAAAAUAAGAAGAUUAAUUAAAAUAAGAAGAUUAAUUAAAAUAAGAAGAUUAAUUAAAAUAAGAAGAUUAAUUAAAAUAAGAAGAUUAAUUAAAAUAAGAAGAUUAAUUAAAAUAAGAAGAUUAAUUAAAAUAAGAAGAUUAAUUAAAAUAAGAAGAUUAAUUAAAAUAAGAAGAUUAAUUAAAAUAAGAAGAUUAAUUAAAAUAAGAAGAUUAAUUAAAAUAAGAAGAUUAAUUAAAAUAAGAAGAUUAAUUAAAAUAAGAAGAUUAAUUAAAAUAAGAAGAUUAAUUAAAAUAAGAAGAUUAAUUAAAAUAAGAAGAUUAAUUAAAAUAAGAAGAUUAAUUAAAAUAAGAAGAUUAAUUAAAAUAAGAAGAUUAAUUAAAAUAAGAAGAUUAAUUAAAAUAAGAAGAUUAAUUAAAAUAAGAAGAUUAAUUAAAAUAAGAAGAUUAAUUAAAAUAAGAAGAUUAAUUAAAAUAAGAAGAUUAAUUAAAAUAAGAAGAUUAAUUAAAAUAAGAAGAUUAAUUAAAAUAAGAAGAUUAAUUAAAAUAAGAAGAUUAAUUAAAAUAAGAAGAUUAAUUAAAAUAAGAAGAUUAAUUAAAAUAAGAAGAUUAAUUAAAAUAAGAAGAUUAAUUAAAAUAAGAAGAUUAAUUAAAAUAAGAAGAUUAAUUAAAAUAAGAAGAUUAAUUAAAAUAAGAAGAUUAAUUAAAAUAAGAAGAUUAAUUAAAAUAAGAAGAUUAAUUAAAAUAAGAAGAUUAAUUAAAAUAAGAAGAUUAAUUAAAAUAAGAAGAUUAAUUAAAAUAAGAAGAUUAAUUAAAAUAAGAAGAUUAAUUAAAAUAAGAAGAUUAAUUAAAAUAAGAAUAUUAAUUAAAAUAAGAAGAUUAAUUAAAAAAUAGCUAAAAUAUUCAAUAAAGAUUUUGCAAAUAAAAUUAAAAUGUAAUUGAAGAUUUAUAAAUAAAGAUAAAUUAAUAACUAGAACAUUUAUAAAUAGAGUUUGACUGA